UUGCCAUCCGUUCAGCUUUGUCGUUUUGGAUAUAAGGAUCUUGAUGAUGUUAAAAAGACAGUUGAAAGAGUUCAAGAUAAUGGCAUUCCAAUCGACGUGGCUUAUGCAGACAUUGAUUAUAUGGACCGAUAUAAAGACUUUACAUUGGGUGAUAAGUGGCAAGCGUUCGGUGAGUACGCUGACGAACUGCAUCGGAAAGGUCUUCAUCUCAAUUUGAUUUUCGAUCCAGCCAUUCAAGUUGAUUAUCCCACCUUUGAACGUGCCUUAAAAAUGAAUGCAAGUUUCAUUGAAUGGCAAAAUUUCGAUCAAGUACCGCGUUCGAUUCAACAGCUAUAUCCACUCGUCAAAAACACGAAGAUAAUGCUUGGUCUCGUAUGGCCCGAUCGACAUACAGCCUUUCCGGAUUUUUUAGAUCCACAGAAUGCAACUGCUGAAUGGUGGAUUAACGAGUUCAAACUAUUCCAUAAGACAGUAAUGCUGCUUAAUCCUGACGAUUCAUUUUUCAAUCUCAAAUCAAUUCCGAUGCCUUAUGAAAAAUUUCGUUUCGGAGUGGCAUUCGAUGGCAUUUGGAUCGACAUGAACGAACCAGCCAAUUUUCGUACGAAUGAAGGAUCGUUUGGACUGAAUGAUGUAACUGAUUUGCAAUCACUGCAUUGUCCAUUGAGUGGAAGUGAUUCAGAAUUCGACAAACCACCAUUCGAAACUGCCAAUGUGUACUAUUUUAAUUAUGGUAGUCUAUCAACAAAAACCAUCUGUAUGUUGGCAUUAAGCAACAGAGGCACACAACGAGUAUACGAUACCAAAAAUUUGUACGGUCUUUCUGAAGCAAUCGCAACAAGAAAAGCUAUUCAUGAGGCAACCGGGAGACGAGGCGUGAUUAUAUCAAGAUCUUCAUACCCGUCCCUCGGUCAUUAUGCAGGUCAUUGGCUGGGAGAUAACAGUGCUCAUUGGGCUGAUCUCCGAACGUCGGUAAUAGGUGUGCAAGAAUUUAAUCUGUUCGGAAUUCCGUAUGUGGGCUCUGAUAUUUGUGGAUUCAUUGGAGCCACGAAUGAGGAGUUGUGCUUACGAUGGCAGCAGUUAGGAGCAUUCCAUUCGUUUUCCAGGAAUCAUAACGAUGACACUUCUCCACCACAAGACCCUGCACAAUGGCCUUCUGUAGCGACUGCGACACGCAUCGCCAAUUUGUUCAGAUAUCAUUAUCUGCCUUAUUUAUACAGUUUACAUUUUGAAGCGUCUCUGUAUGGUGGAACAGUGGUACGACCGAUUUUCUUUGAAUUUCCGUCUGAUCCAAAAACCUACGAACUCAGCUUUCAAUUUAUGUGGGGAUCUGGGAUGAUGAUUGUUCCUGUUCUUGAGCAGGGAGUAUCGACGGUAUCCGCAUAUCUGCCCGCAAAUGCAACGUGGUAUUCAGUACGUUCAUCUGAUUACGAUUACGAUGAAGCCGGCAUUGCAACGGGAAAACUUUAUUGGGAUGACGGUGAAAGCAUUAUCGAUGACAUAUCCACAUAUAACUAUAGCAGUUGGCAACUGGAUUUUGUUGUGACCGAUGACCGAGCCGCGUUAUAUAUUACAGAUUCGCUCAAAAUACCAUCACUUGAUAUAAUCGACAUAAUUGGUUACGAUUACUUUCCUGAUCUUCAUAAAGCUACAAUGAAUGGUAAAGCAGUGUCUAUCGAUCUCAGUAAAUCCAGCUAUAACAUACUCACAAAACGACUUUACAUCGAAACCGAUCAGUUCAUUAAAUGGCCGUUGCGAUCAAAGAUCACCUUGACUUGGCCGCAUACGAGUACACGUUCCAGUCAAUGUGAAUCUUAA